GGGGCGUGUGGGGGGCGCUCUGUUCACUGCACCUCUUCCCGAUUUGUCACGACGACGAGGACGAAGACGACGUCCUAGCACCAGCAGCGGAAGCAUCACCACACAUGCCAGGGCGGUUCCGCAGAUAACCUACAUAAUUGUAAGUUUCCGAUUGUCAGGUUCUUUUCUAAGAGCGAAAAGGCUAGAUAAGUAUGCACGCCGACGAGACGAACGGCGAGAUGGCCGUCGUUGAGACCCAGAGCGAGGAUGUGGUGGAAGAGCAGCAUCAGGAGGAGCACCAGCAUAUAGUAGAUCAUCAAGAUUAUGUCGAGGUUAAGGAGCACUUCAUACCACCUAAAGUGCAGAACAAUCCAGAUGGCUGGGGACCCUGUGAACUGCCUGAGCAGUUCAAGGAUAUACCCUAUCAGCCCUUCUCCAAGGGCGACCGUAUCGGCAAAAUCUCUGACUGGACUGGUCCAGCAUUUCAAGAUAAAAAAUUUGCAAACAAAUAUGCAUCACAAUUUGGUUACAAUGGGCAAUAUGCUUAUUACCACGAUGAGGAUGAAUCAACAUUUCAUCUGGUUGACACUACACGUGUUCAGAAACCACCAUACCAGCGUGGCCGAUUUGGCCGUCAAAACCAACGUCUUCGUGGUCGUGGUGGUAGUCGUGGUGGCCUGACUCAGAUGCAAGCUUUGGGUAAGCUAAAGUUACGAGAGCGCGAUCGCAAGGGCCAAACAAAGCGCUGGGGCCGUCAACAAGGUUUCAGAAAUAAUAAGAAUCAACCGCCCAUCAAAAUCCGGGAUGCCUCUGUUACCGUCAGACCCGACUGGGUUACUAUCGAGGAAAUGGACUUUCCUCGUCUUAGUAAACUUACCUUGCCGGGCGUCAAAGAAGGCGAAGACAUUGUCUGCUGUGGUGCACUGGAAUUUUAUGAUAAGAGCUGGGAUCGAGUUAAUGUUAAACACGAAAAGCCUUUGCAGAGGAUUGACCGUAUCUUUCACACGGUCACCACCACUGAUGACCCUGUUAUCCGUAAAUUGUCUAAAACUGAGGGCAACGUGUACGCCACAGAUGCUAUCUUGGCUACCAUCAUGUGCUGCACACGCAGUAAUUACUCUUGGGAUAUCGUCAUAGAAAAAAUUGGCAACAAGUUAUUCUUUGAUAAAAGAGACAACACCGAGUUCGAUUUGCUUACCGUUAAUGAGACAGCUGUUGAGCCACCCCAGGAUGAUGGCAAUUCUUUGAAUUCGCCGAGAAAUUUGGCUCUGGAAGCCACCUUUAUCAACCACAAUUUCUCACAGCAAGUGCUUAAGUCCAACGAGCCAAAAUACAAAUUUGAUGAGCCUAAUCCUUUUAUUACUGAGGAGGAAGAAGGCGAAGUAGCUAGUGUUGCAUACAGAUACCGCAAGUGGGAUCUGAACAACGGCAUCACGCUGAUUGCCAGAUGCGAGCAUGACGCUGUAAUGCAGGCGCCUAAUAAUGAGACUCAGUUCUUAACCAUCAAGGCUCUCAAUGAAUGGGACUCAAAACUGGCCAAUGGCGUAGAAUGGCGACGCAAGCUUGACACCCAACGCGGUGCCGUCCUUGCUAACGAGUUGCGUAACAAUGCCUGCAAGCUCGCCAAGUGGACUGUGCAAGCUCUUUUGGCCGGUUCUGACCAAUUGAAGUUCGGUUACGUAUCUCGUGCUAGUGUACGAGAUUCGAGUAAACAUGUCAUCCUGGAGACGCAACAGUACAAGCCCACUGAGUUUGCCAACCAAAUCAACCUCAACAUGGAUAACGCCUGGGGUAUCCUGAGAUGUAUAAUUGACGUCUGCAUGAAGCAAAAGGAUGGUAAGUACCUAAUCAUGAAGGAUCCCAACAAGCCCAUGAUCCGGCUCUACGAUAUUCCUGAUAAUACGUUCGAGAGCGAAGGUGAAGAAGAAGACGAUGACGAAGCUGAAGAAGUUAAAAACGCUUUCCAAAGUUAACUGAGUUCAUCCUCUACGAUUUUAAUUUGUUUUUACCAUCCUAUGAUUUUUAUAAGCUUUUCUUUUAUACCUGGAUUAUUGUUUCUGCUGUUUAUCAAGCAAAUGCUUGUUAAAGUAAUCAGAGGAGGAAAGCUGUAUAAGAAAAUUUAAAUAAAAAGCACAAUAACAAUAGACCGACUUA